AGACGUACCUAAGUUCGCACAAGAAACGAUCCUGAGCUACGAUGUGGACCGUGAAACCGGCGCCGAUCCCGGUUCAGUUUUCCAGGGGACUAACCGGAUCAAACUCCGUCGGCUAUUCGCAUCCUCCGCCGCGUUAUGGCGACGGAAUUCACCGUCGUAACAUCCCGAGGAAAUCACAAACAUCCGAAUCAGAGUCCGUCGGUGGUUUAGGCCAACGAAUCCUCCUCCGGUCCGAAGCAUCGAACCCGAACAAACCGGUUCCAAAGGAGAAGGAGAUUAGUGGGUCAGACGUGCUCUUGGCGAUUCAGAGAGCGACAGCUCAGAGAAAGAGAUCGACCGCCGAUAAAAGCAAGAAGACGAAGAUAGGAGGUGCGGAGCUGUCAUCCACUGCGGGAGAGUCCACCGGAGAUAACGGUGUUGAUUACAGUAACGUGAGGUCGUUAAUGAUCAAGAACGAUUGGGGACACAGAUUACACGAGUUCGAGAAGCUUCUCAAAGAGUUUCAAGACAUGGAGCUUUGACAAACAUUCACUUGUAAUAUUUUCUUCGACGAUAGUACUAUGAAACAAUUAUUGUAUGACCAAGCACAACGAAGUUAUUUUAUUACAGUACAUGUAGUUUUUUUUUUCUUUUUUAUCAAAUUACAGCACAUGUA